GGUUACUAGGGCAAUUUGCCGGAAGCUCAGGGUUCCGUGUAGGUCUCUUGGGGACCUCCUCUGCUCAGUGUCCCGGGCCCGCAGUGGCUGCAUGAGAUGUCUUCCCCGCAGGCCCCAGAAGAUAAGCAGGGCGGCGGUCACAACGGCGAUCCCCCCGGGGACCUCCGUAGCGUCCUGGUCACCAGCGUGCUCAAUCUCGAGCCGCUGGACGAGGAUCUCUUCAGAGGAAGGCAUUACUGGGUGCCCGUCACCAAGCGACUGUUUGGGGGUCAGAUCGUGGGCCAGGCCCUGGUGGCUGCAGCCAAGUCUGUGAGUGAAGACGUCCACGUGCACUCCCUGCAUUGCUAUUUUGUUCGGGCAGGGGACCCGAAGGUGCCAGUGCUGUACCAGGUGGAGCGGACGCGAACAGGGUCAAGCUUCUCAGUGCGGUCCGUGAAGGCUGUGCAACAUGGCAAGCCCAUCUUCAUCUGCCAGGCCUCCUUCCAGCAAAUCCAGCCCAGCCCCGUGCAGCACCAGUUCUCCAUGCCCACUGUGCCACCCCCGGAAGAGCUGCUUGACUACGAGGACUUCAUUGACCAGUAUUUAAGGGACCUUAACCUCCAGGAGAAGCACUCAGUGGUGCUGAACAGAAUUGCUGCCCGGGAGGUACCCAUCGAGAUCAAGCCAGUAAACUCACCCACCUUGAACCAGCUGGAGCCUAAACAGAUGUUCUGGGUGCGAGCCCGGGGCUAUAUUGGGGAGGGCGACAUCAAGAUGCACUGCUGCGUGGCCGCCUAUAUCUCGGACUAUGCCUUCCUGGGUACUACACUGCUGCCCCACCUGUGGCAGUAUAAGGUGCACUUCAUGGUCUCGCUGGACCACUCUAUGUGGUUCCACGCCCCCUUCCGAGCUGACCACUGGAUGCUCUAUGAGUGCGAGAGCCCCUGGGCUGGUGGUUCUCGGGGGCUGGUCCAAGGACGGCUGUGGCGUCGGGACGGAGUCCUGGCUGUGUCCUGUGCCCAGGAGGGCGUGAUCCGAGUAAAGCCCCAGGUCUCAAAGAGCAAGUUAUAACCAGAGGCACCACUUGGCCGGCAGCUUCAAGGACCUACCUCCCUUCCACCACCGCUCCUAAGGCAGGAGUUACAGUCCUCCUGGCCCUCAAAUCCAAUAAAGAGACUGAUAGCACUGGA